AUGAAAGGAGAAUGUGCAUUUUGGGUAUUCAUGCUUCUUUCUGGUGUACUGGCUCAAUCAAUCAAAUUUUCUUCUCCGGUUGAAUCAAUUUACGUGCUUGGAAACGCGUUUUCAGACACUGGAAACAUCAUUAGGCUCAAUCCUAAUGCCCUCCCCGCACGUUUACCUUAUGGUCAAACAAUUGGCAGAGCAACGGGUCGGUUGAGCGAUGGCCUUCUCAUUAUAGACUACAUCGCUAAAGCUCUCGAAUUGCCGUUGACGCCUCCAAGUUUGGAUACAACAGCUUCGUUCGAUAAAGGUGCUAGUUUUGCGGUAGAUGGAGGGACGGCUUUGAAUAAUUCUUUCUUCGCGGAAAGAGGAAUCCAACUAAUCGUGCCCCAAACAAUUCCUCUCUAUCAACAACUUGAAUGGUUUGAAACAAACAUCAAUAAUUAUUGUGCCACCAAGGAAACGGAAUCAGAUUGCGUCAAGAAUAGGUUACAAAAGUCCGUGAUUUUUGUGAGUGUAAUGGGAGAUGACGACUUUAAUAAUGCAUUCGUGUCGGGGAAAUCAAUCUCGGAAGUUCAGACCUAUGUGCCCCUUAUAGUUCGUUCCAUUAUUGACGUCGUUAAAGAGAUUAUAAAAUUGGGAGGAAAGAGAAUUGUGGUUCCAGGGAACAUUCCCAUAGGAUGCCGUCCAGCCUAUCUUACUCUGUUCUCCAAUGGGACUAACAAUACAAAUGGCUAUGAUCUGUUUGGAUGCUUGCGUAGUUUCAAUGUGUUUGUGGAGUUAUACAACCACGAUCUCCAAACAGCUCUUAUCUCUCUUCAACAAGAAUUCCCUCAGGCUAUAAUACUUUAUGAAGACUUUUACAAUGCCUUUCGUUCUCUCCUUCUAGGAGCUCCACUUUUGGGUUUCAAAAGAGAAACAUUGGUGAAGGCAUGUUGUGGCAUAGGAGGGCAAUACAAUUUCGAUCUAAACAGAAUGUGUGGCUCAAUUGGUACGACGGCUUGCCCUAAUCCAUCAACCUACAUAAGCUGGGACGGAGUUCAUCUUACUCAAGAAGCGUAUCGUCGUAUCUCACAAAUAAUCAUUCCUAACCUUCUACUUAAGCUUUAAGUCCAACGCGGAAUUAAUGUACUUAUUAAAAUGUGAAACUUUAUAAUAGAAUGUGGUAGAAUAAAUGGACAACUAAUAAUUGAUGAACCCGCCUAAUUGAUCUUGGUGGGAACUAUGCUAGCUAUAAUAAUAAUAUUUACUAGUUUAACCUAUAGUAAUAUAAUAAUAAUUAUUGAGGUUUCAUGGAUCACAAUAAAGAAAUAUAGUGAUAUAUAUGUAUGACUCCUCCUAAAAAAAGAAAAAAAGAGAGACCAUUUCUUCAAAAGAGAGCCUAUGAUG